GGGUGGCGGCUCGGAGCGGCCCCGGCUGGGUGUCCCCGGCAGAGGAGCGGUGACUCCUUCCACUCCCAGCAGCACUUUAGGGCGGUUUCCACCGCCGCUCGCAGGAAGCCGCGAGCAGGCAGCGCCCAUGACGUUGCCGGCAUCAGCGUGGUGAGAUGGCCCAGCAGCUCAUCCGGAUCAUGCGCCCAGAUGACGCCAAUGUCGCGGGAAACGUCCACGGGGGAACCAUCCUGAAGAUGAUCGAGGAGGCUGGAGCCAUCAUCAGCACCCGCCACUGCAACUCCCAGGCCGGGGAGCCCUGUGUGGCCGCGCUGGCGCGGGUGGAGCGGACAGACUUCCUGUCCCCAGUGUGCAUCGGCGAGGUGGCCAACGUCAGCGCUGAGAUCACCUACACCUCCCGGCACUCUGUGGAAGUCCAGGUCAACGUCAUGUCUGAAAACAUUUUAACAGGGGCGAAGAAGGUGACGAACAAGGCGACACUGUGGUACGUGCCGCUGUCCCUGAAGAACGUGAACAAGGUCCUUGAGGUUCCCCCCAUCCAGUAUGUGAGAAAGGAGCAGGAGGAUGAGGGGAAGAAGCGUUACGAGGAGCAAAAGCUGGAUCGGCUGGAAACUAAGCAGAGAAAUGGUGACGUGAUCUUCCCCAUCAUCAACCCAGAUAGGCAGACGAAAGAGCCACACACUGUUGGCUACAGCCAGUCCAGCCUGAUCCAUCUGGUGGGCCCGUCGGACUGCACACUGCUGGGCUUUGUGCACGGAGGAGUCACCAUGAAGCUCAUGGACGAGGUUGCUGGGAUCGUGGCUGCCCGCCACUGCAAGACCAACAUUGUCACUGCCUCUGUGGAUGCCAUCAACUUCCACGAGAAGAUCAAGAAAGGCAGUGUGAUCACCAUUUCGGGGCGCAUGACCUUCACAAGCAAUAAGUCCAUGGAAAUCGAAGUCUUUGUGGAUGCCGACCCGUUUGUGGACGAGUCUCGGGAGCGGUACCGUGCCGUCAGCGCCUUCUUCACCUACGUCUCCCUGAGCAAGGAGGGGAAGCCCCUGCCUGUCCCACAGCUGCUGACCGAGACAGAGGACGAGAAGCGGCGCUUCGAGGAAGGGAAGGGCCGGUACCUGCAGACAAAGGCCAAGAGGCAGGCGCAGAUGCAGCAGGCUGCCCGGCAGUGAUCCCCCCCAGCGCUGCCCUCCGCUCCCGCAGCCUUCGCCCGGGUUCCCCUUCGUGUUGUGUGUGGUCCGCGCCGGCCCCGCGCCUCGGCCCGCCCCAGCCUGCGCCCCGGCGCCGCGGCUGCUUCGCUGCUGAUCGGUUUAGUGCUGUAGCCCUUGCGCUUGAGGCGGCUUAAGCGCCCCCAAAGCCUCCGGGAGCCGUCCCGGGUGCUGGCCGUCGGCCUCGGCAGCCCCGCGCUCAGCGUGUAACCCCGAGGCGCGGCGUGGGCCUCUGUGCCGCCGUGCUCAGAGCGUCGCCCGCACGCCCCACACCAAAGCUCCGAGCGCGGCCCGGGCCGCUGGGCACCGCACGGGAUGUCUCGGGACCAUGUCGUCGACAGCCUCUUAGGUAGUUCCUCUCUCGUGUGCACAUCUAAGUUAUUUACGGGAUCCUGUGGCGUGAAUAAAAACGAGUCUGUUUGUCGCUGACCGGAGCG